CCGUGGACACGGGCAGCCAGGUCUGCGCGCUGCUCUGGAGCCGGCACCACAAGGAGAUCGUGUCCUCGCACGGCUUCUCCCAGAACCAGCUCUGCCUCUGGCGCUACCCGUCCAUGACCAAGCUCUGCGAGCUCACGGGCCACACCGCGCGCGUGCUGCACCUCGCGCAGUCGCCCGACGGCGAGACCGUCGUCUCGGCCGCCGCGGACGAGACGCUGCGGUUUUGGUCCAUCUUC